AUGGCUACCGACGCAAUGACAGACGAAUUCCGAGCCUACCUCGAGCGCUGCAGCGACGAGAUGGCCAGUCAAAUCAUCAGCGUCCUGCUGCACGCAGGAAGACACUCAGCGUCCAGUGCAACGCCCGACAUGACUGCCACCGGCUCGGCUGUAGCGAAGGCCGGCAGGAGGCAGCGCACGCAGGCGAGACCUGCCGUCGCGGCCGGCGGGCCAAAGAGACCGCUCAACUCCUGGAUGGCAUUUCGCAGUAAGUGCAUCUCCUCCUUUCCCAUUUGUAACUGAAGCUGAUCCAUCACAGAGUACUACAACGCAAUGCUCGCACCGCACACUCAGAAAGCGAUCUCCAAGGCCCUGACGAUCUUCUGGCGUGAAGAUCCCUUCGAGGCCAAGUGGUAAGCAAGUGACCUCUUCUCUUCACCCUCGUCACGCUAACUCCUGUCCAGGGCCAUUCUCGCCAAGGCAUACAGCAUCGUGCGCGGAUGCCGCGAGAAGAAGGAUGCUCCGCUUGACGACUUCUUCGCCAUCUGCGCACCACUCAUCAGCGUCAUUCCGCCAGAAGUGUAUCUGGGGUGGAUGGGAUGGCAGUUGGGCCCGCCACCAGAGGGCGAGCAGGUACAUCACUCGCAUCCAAUUCUGCACAGGACUUUGCUGACUUUAGCGUAGGAGAAGGUGCUGCAGAUCACACGCGCCUUCACCCCAAACCUCGACAGCUUCCCCGAGGAGUACACGACGACCACACUCAGUGUGGACGACCUGGUCAACCACUGCUACGCCAUGGGCUACGGCAAUGCCAGCAACAAUGACUCGCCGAACACGAGCACCCAGGGCUCACUCACCAUGGUCUCCAAGCCAACUGCCAUCACAACCGACGACAAGGACGAGACCGCACACAUGGCACCCUUCGCUCAGACGAACACCACUCCCGCCUUCACUGUAGCCGCACCUGCGGCCGGCCAGGCAACACUCGAGCAGGUGACCGAAGCCAUGGAGAUGGCUGGCGCCGGACUCACGUACAACAACGUCUUCGAUCCAACCAGCGAGGGUGCUGCCUUCGGCCCCGCCGUCCCGGACAACACAGUCGAGGACGGUGGACGCUACGAGUCCUGGCCGGCCGACCAGGCGGCCGAGGCCGACUUGUUGUUGGCGCAGAACGAGUUGGGCGCUCCGCUGAACUGGGACCAGUGGGUCAACGAGAACUUCAUGUGA